UGGGGAACAUCCCGUACGAAGCCACCGAGGAGCAGCUGAAGGACAUUUUCUCAGAGGUCGGGCCCGUGGUCAGCUUUAGGGGCUCGGCGCGGAUGUUUUCCUGGCUUGGCACCCGGCUUGAGAGCUCUCGAUGAGGGGCAUGGGAGCUCCAGGAGCAGCCAGUCCAGCCCUGUGCCCCCGGGAGCUGCCUUUGUGGGCUCACGGAAGGCACAGCGCUUGUGCUCGUGGCCUUCCCGGACACUGGAGUUCUGAGAACACCCGUGAGCCUGGAUCCAGGAGGCCUUUUGGCUCUGGCUUAGGGCCGAGUGUUGCACACCUUGAUCUGACUCCAGGCUGGUGUAUGACAGGGAGACGGGAAAACCCAAGGGCUAUGGCUUCUGUGAGUACCAGGACCAGGAGACGGCCCUCAGCGCCAUGCGGAACCUGAACGGGCGGGAGUUCAGCGGGAGGGCCCUGCGCGUCGACAACGCGGCCAGCGAGAAGAACAAGGAGGAGCUGAAGAGCUUGGGCACAGGCGCACCCAUCAUAGAGUCACCCUAUGGGGACCCUGUCAAUCCUGAAGAUGCCCCCGAGUCCAUCAGCCGGGCGGUAGCCAGCCUGCCACCCGAGCAGAUGUUUGAGCUGAUGAAGCAGAUGAAGUUGUGUGUCCAGAACAGCCCCCAGGAAGCCAGGAACAUGCUGCUGCAGAACCCCCAGCUGGCUUAUGCCCUGCUGCAGGCCCAGGUGGUCAUGCGGAUCGUCGACCCGGAGAUCGCACUGAAAAUCCUGCAUCGCCAGACCAGUGUUCCUCCUCUGAUCCCAGGCAACCAGCCAGUGCCGGGGCCAGGACCGGGGCCUGGGCCAGGGCCGAACGCCCAGCUGAACCCACAGAAUGCCCCCUCGUCCCAGCCACAGCCCAUAGGUGGGAUGCACGUGAAUGGUGCUCCUCCUCUGAUGCAGCCGCCCAUGCAGGGAGGAGUGCCAGCCCCAGGACAGAUGGCAGCCCCUGUGCAGGGCCCGGGCCCUGGCCCCAUGGCUCCAGGAGGUGGGAUGCAGCCACAGGUUGGGAUGCCAGGUGGAGGGCCUGUCCCCUUGGAGCGUGGACAAGGGAACCUGCAGCUCUCGCCCGUGGGACCUGCCAGGCCUGCGUCUAUCGAACGCGUUCAAGUGCCCAUGCCAGACCCGAGGGCCCCUAUGCAGCGUGGACCUCUACCUGCUAGUGGCCCGCCACCCCGAGGCCUUUUGGGAGAUGCCCCGAAUGACCCUCGCGGAGGGACCCUGCUCUCAGUCACUGGAGAAGUGGAGCCCAGAGGUUACCUUGGGCCGCCCCACCAGGGAGCCCCUAUGCACCAUAUGCCUGGUCAUGACAGCCGUGGCCCCCCCCAUGAGAUGAGGGGGGGACCCAUGGGAGAACCCCGACCAUUGAUGGGAGAGCCACGGGGGCCCUUGAUGGAUGCUCGAGUGGGAAGAGAUCCACGGGGGCUGGAGCCCCGGGUGAUGGAGGCACGAGCGCUGGAGGCACGGGCUCUGGAGGCACGGGUCCUGGAACCACGGGUGCUGGAAGCCAGGGCCAUGGAGGCCAGGGUCAUGGAGCCCCGGGGCCUGGAGCCUCGAGGGCCUGGUCCCACCCCACGUGGCCCCAUGCCCGGUGGGAUACAGGGUCCUGGACCGCUUAGCAUGGGAGCCAGUGGCCCGCAGGGGCCCCGCCAGGUUCCUAACAUGGCAGGGGCAGGCAUGCAGGCAGGAGGCAUUCCUGGGGCAGGGGUUCAAGGAGCUGGUCAGCCUGGAGGUUUUAGCCCUGGACAGAGCCAGGUCACCCCCCAGGAUCACGAGAAGGCAGCCCUGAUCAUGCAGGUUCUGCAGCUGACAGCAGACCAGAUCGCCAUGCUGCCCCCGGAUCAGCGGCAGAGCAUCCUUAUUCUAAAGGAGCAAAUCCAGAAGUCCACGGGGGCUCCCUGACAGGUGCCUGGUGGAGGUGCCAUCCUCCGGGACGGAAGCGACGCUCCGUGGCAACUGCUUCCCGUUGCAGUCUGAGCUCAUGCUGUUCUUUGGGAGAGGUUUCUCCUCCCCCCUUAUGUUUUCCCCUCCCGUUCAUCCUUUUUUUUCUGUGUGUAUAUUUUACGAUGUUUGAAAUAAAGCAGAAGGAGGGUUUGCCUAA